UGGCUCCUUGACACGAGCUCCAUAUAAGGCAGCGAUCUCCAUAGAAACGUGUCAGUUUCAAUAGUAGUGUCAAAGUUCACUAUAUACAGACAUUCGCGCAGAUCCCCCUUUCGGAAACAUUGCUCUGCUAGUCUUCCCGUUUAAACGCAUUCAUUUGUGUGUGUGUCUCUUUCUCACUCCCAUCCUCUCUUUCACUCUCUCUUUAUUGCAUAUUCUAUUAGCUGCUGCUGCUUUUUUUUUUUUUUUUACCCCUUGUCUCUUUCACUUCAUUCCUGCUGGAGAGGUUCAAACUACCAGUGACUCCUCAUCAGAUUGUUAUUUUUUUAUUAUUUUUAUCUUCCACUUUACAUCAUUUUUUUUGCUUCUUCAAGAGGAUAAGAGGUCUCUUCUUCCCUUGACUUUUUUUUUUAUAAACGAGUUGAAUUUUACAGACUUCCAAGACACAAAAACAAAAAAGCUCCAAUUGUUCGACCAUCAGAUUUCUUAUGUCUCAUUGCAAUGAUUAUUGUCAUUUUCAUCACAAGGAAUUAAAGAACAACAGAGAAAGAAGAAGAUUUGUUUCUUGUAUGUACUUUGGAUCCAUCCAAUAUAUUUAUUUUAAUUUAUUAGAGUUUUCAGCAAUGAGAAAUCGACGUCUUUGAUUUAUUUUAUUUUAGAUUUUCUCUCACAAAAAAAAUAAUAAUAAAAGAAAAGCAGAACUGUCUGAUCUCCAAGCAGCUCUGGAUCAGGUCUCACAAGGCUGCUCAUGUGAAUGGCUGGCUGCAUUUUGCCCUGGAUUUGGCCUCCGGACACUUCUAAGCCCUGAUCAUUUUUUUAUAAAGAUUUAUUCUUUUCCCUCCCACAGAGCCUCGGUCACUGUGAGCAGCACAAGCAGCAGCAGCAGCUCUGCCCCUGGCCGCUCUGUGUGCACUGGGGAGAUCGGGGGUUGCUCGUCCUGCCGCCUCCCUGACGCUGAACCCUCCUACAGCUGAGCCCCAGCCGCCUGCAACAACCAGGGAAGCAGCAAAUAUAAAGAGACAGGGGGACUGCAGGGAGGGGGCACUUAUUCCUCACAGCAGCAGCCACGGUACCAGACACUCUCACCUUUUAUUCCUGCUCGCUGCAAAAAGGGGGAAAUCCCUUGAAAGAAACAGCAAAGGAAACGGCUCCCAUCAGCGGCAACCACGGCAGAGACCGCCAGCUUUUUCUUUUCCUCCAAAAUAAAAUCCCCCCAGACCUCGCUCUCCAGCACUUUUUGGGCCCGAGAUAUGGCAAUGGUAGUUAGCAGCUGGAGAGAUCCGCAGGAAGACGUGGCCGGGGGGAAUCCAGGAGGCCCUAACCCGGGGGCAGCGCAGCCUGCAAGGGAUCAAGCACAAGCCCCCUCCGCAGCCCCCCACACGCCGCAGACCCCCAGCCAGCCGGGGCCACCGUCUACCCCAGGCGCGGCAGGGGACAAGGGACAGCAGGGCUCGGGCCAGCAGCACAUAGAGUGCGUGGUGUGCGGGGACAAGUCCAGCGGGAAGCACUAUGGCCAAUUCACCUGCGAGGGCUGCAAAAGUUUCUUCAAGAGGAGCGUCCGGAGGAACUUAACCUACACUUGCCGUGCCAAUAGGAACUGUCCUAUAGACCAGCACCACCGGAACCAGUGCCAGUACUGCCGCCUGAAGAAGUGUCUGAAAGUGGGCAUGAGGAGGGAAGCGGUUCAGCGAGGUCGAAUGCCUCCAACCCAGCCGAACCCAGGCCAGUACGCAUUGACGAAUGGAGACCCCCUGAAUGGCCACUGCUAUCUGUCUGGAUACAUCUCUCUGCUGCUGCGGGCUGAGCCCUACCCCACGUCCCGCUAUGGCAGCCAGUGCAUGCAGCCAAACAACAUCAUGGGCAUCGAGAACAUCUGCGAGCUGGCGGCCAGGCUGCUAUUCAGUGCAGUGGAGUGGGCCAGGAACAUCCCCUUCUUCCCAGACCUUCAGAUCACAGACCAGGUGGCUCUGCUCAGGCUGACUUGGAGCGAGUUGUUUGUGCUGAAUGCAGCCCAGUGCUCAAUGCCCCUCCAUGUGGCCCCUCUCCUGGCCGCCGCUGGCCUACACGCUUCACCCAUGUCCGCAGACCGGGUGGUGGCAUUUAUGGACCACAUCAGAAUCUUCCAGGAGCAAGUGGAGAAGCUCAAGGCCUUGCAUGUAGACUCUGCAGAAUACAGCUGUCUCAAAGCCAUCGUCUUGUUUACAUCAGAUGCAUGUGGCCUGUCAGAUGCUGCCCAUAUCGAGAGCCUACAGGAGAAAUCUCAAUGCGCCUUGGAGGAAUAUGUCAGAAGUCAGUACCCAAACCAACCAAGCCGGUUCGGCAAACUACUACUAAGGCUACCCUCCCUGCGUACAGUGUCCUCCUCUGUCAUCGAACAGCUAUUCUUCGUCCGCUUGGUAGGUAAAACCCCCAUAGAAACCCUCAUCAGAGAUAUGUUACUAUCUGGAAGUAGCUUCAAUUGGCCUUAUAUGUCAAUUCAAUGUUCCUAGAGAACAAUAAAAGAGACAAAGAGGACCACAUUCAUGGCAACACACAAAUCAAACCAAGCAAAUAUGGUGAGAUGUAGACAUAAUUAAUAAAGACUUCUUAGGAUAUCACUAAAAAGGACCUCGUGUAUGGAACAGUGUGCAAAAAAACAAAAACCAAGGGGAAUCUUCACAUUAAACAAUGAGUGAAUGGCUCCUCGUGGAUAUACUGUGGACUGGAAUGGAUUUAUUCUGUACUGAAAUAAAAAAGGAACUGACAAGAAAUCCUGUGUAGAAAACACGUGCACAUAUGUACCAUGAACAUUUGUUGUUGAUUUUGUAAUAUAUUAGUCUUUAUUUUCAUUUUUUUGUAAAAUUGAAAGCAUUGUAUGCGCAUAAAGAAACCAAGAAAUAUGAACUAGGGGAAAUAACAUUUUCCAAAUAAUUAUAAAAAAAACUGUCCUGUGUCUAAGUAUCUAUAUCUGUUUUGUAUUUUUUCUGGUUCCAAACCAGAUUUCUUGUAAUUACCUACUAAUAAUUUUGAUAUAACCCUAUGCUUCUUAUAAUGAGUGCGAUAUAUGUUGUCGAAGCUAUGUUCUUCAAGAAUUAAAAUUGAAGUGAUUUAAACAAAAUAAAAAGACUUUAGCAAAA